ACACAGUGCGGGGUUCCUUUCACUCUUUUGUGUAACCCCCACCCUUCCCCCCCCAAAAAGGGGGAGAAAAAAAAAUCAAAUCUGGUUUUGUUUGUCAUCUGCGUAUUAGCAGGAACUAAAUCCAGGAUGACGUCGCCUGGGUAUAAAAAAGGGAAGAGGUUCAGAUGGAUUAUACUCCGAGCAGCCCUCUGGGUUGAGAUCAGUGAACAGGCGAGAAUUGAGGGGGAAAAGUUCCAGGGGUGGAUCCUGCGCAUAGACACACGCACACACGCACACGCGCGCACACACACGCACACUCUGCCCGCAGGCUGCCCUCGGAAAAAGCUCUGCUCUUCUCUCUCCGAUCCCUUCUUCAGAUUUCUCCGAAAAGUUUCGAUUUCGUGUCUCUCCAGCCUCCCCCCCCCCAACUCCCCAGCCGCCUACCCCCGUCCCCCCGCCCCAGCCGAUCGCCUGCCCUGCCCCGCACGCCUUGGGCAUGCCUGUGAGCAUGUUCAGCAUCGACAACAUCCUGGCGGCCAGACCCCGCUGCAAGGACUCGGUGCUGCUACCCCCGAGCGCUGCUCCCGUCGUCUUCCCCGGCCUCCAUGGGGACUCGCUCUACGGCAGCGCCUCCGACUACAGCGGAUUUUACACCCGGGCGGUGGCACCGGCCUCCGCGCUGCCGCCGGCGGUCACCGGAUCUCGGCUGGGCUACAACAGCUACUACUAUGGGCAGCUGCAUGUGCCGGCGUCACCCGUGGGCCCUUCCUGCUGCGGGGCAGUACAGCCCCUGGGCACGCAGCAGUGCUCCUGCGUGCCCCCCGCAGGUUACGAGGGCACUGGGUCAGUCCUGAUGUCCCCUGUUCCCCAUCAGAUGUUGCCCUACAUGAACGUGGGCACUUUGUCCCGGACGGAGCUGCAGUUACUGAACCAGCUGCACUGCAGGAGAAAAAGGCGGCAUCGGACGAUCUUCACUGACGAGCAGCUGGAAGCGCUGGAAAACCUCUUUCAGGAAACGAAAUACCCAGACGUGGGCACCAGGGAACAGCUGGCCAGAAGGGUGCACUUAAGAGAGGAAAAAGUGGAGGUUUGGUUCAAAAACCGCCGGGCAAAGUGGAGGAGGCAAAAGCGAUCGUCUUCGGAGGAGUCAGAAAACGCACAAAAAUGGAAUAAAGCGUCUAAAACUUCUCCGGAGAAGAGACAAGAGGACGGGAAAAGUGACCUGGACUCCGACAGCUGAUACCUCGCUGGGGGGGGGACAUUUCUCGUGGAUUGUCGGAUACGCUCCAGAGGAUGCUACUAAUCUUGCACAAGCUCUGCCUUGUUGGAGGGGGAAAAUAUCUGUAUAUAAUGUACAAUGCCCCGAGUUGAUUUCGUGUAAAUAAAAUGUGUUGCGGAGGUGUUGCGCAGGU